UGAGAGAUAGACCACAGUAUGAAUCUACUAUUUGUUUAGAAGGCGCAUGGGCUGAUGUUUGGAUUUUAAUUUUAGAAGUAUCCAAAUGAAGAUUGUAGAAGUGGAGAUAACAACAGGGGUAAACAACAUGGACAAGGAAGUUUCAGUGGAACAGGAGCAUUUGCUGUCCAUUGUUAGUAAUGCUCAGAGAGGAAGAAUGGAUGAACAGCGCUGCUCCUUUGGUCCGAGAACAUCACAAGUUCAUGUCUACAGCCAAGAUCCUGAUGAGUUAUUCCAGCUCCUGGUCAAUAGUAAGAGUCGACGAUUAGAUGACCAACGAGUGACUCUAACUUCAUUACCAGGGAUGGAGGCAUUCACCAUCAAAGAUCAAAAAGAGGGAAAUACAUUGAAGGCAAACUUUGAUCAGAUUUGUAACAUGGUCAGCAGAGCUCACAGUUUCAGAAGAGGCACCCCUCCAAAAAGCACCCUGUCCCCUGGGUCACUGGGCUCUACCAGAAGGGCAAGUUUCAAUUCGGCGAGUACCACCGAUUCGGAUGCAUUUAACACGCUCCCACCUAGAUCAGCGUCUUUCAACCCAAUCUCAGACAAGGACAAAAUGCAGUAUGAAGUUUCACAAGGCUCUCGGAUUGAUGAUCAGCGCUGCUCUGCUCCCCAUAUCCAGCUGGGGUCUCCUGCCCCCCCGAGGAGGUCUCAUUCUCGACCUGCAUCCCUGAAUAACCCUCCAUCUGAAUCAUGGUCACCCAGUAAAUCGGAGAGGAUAUCAGACACCUUCACUGCUGACUCACAGCGAGGACGAAUGGAUGACCAGUGUUGUUCAUUUGAACCCAGCAAAAAGACUUCCUCCACUCCAAACUUUGCAAACAAUAAACCCACAGUUGACGACCCAGACACGUUUUUCAAGCUAGUGGCCGACUCUCAAAGCCGACGACUUGAUGACCAGUGUGUGACACUCAGCUCUCUGCCAGGUUUCCAGUAUCCCAGCAUUGGGACUCAGGGGAAGAAAAAUAAAACAUCAGCCCCGCAAAUUGUCCUGACCCCCGCAUCCCCUGCAGUGCCCAAAAAAGCUUGUUCCAUACCGGCUUCUCCCACCCUGACACUCUGUGACUCAGAACCACCUGUCAGGCCUCCCCCCAGAUCAGCCUCAUUCAGCCCAGUGUCGGAUAAGGAGAGAUUACUGUACGAUGAUGACAUGCCCAUGCAGAUAACAUUUCAAAUUUCCAUGUCCUUUCCCCAACAGCAGAGACUUGGAACAGAUAAUCAGCCUUGUCAGUUCCCUGAAGUCUUCCUCACAAUCGAACAAGCAGGAAAGGCUAUUGCACUUCCUCUCUGCCUCAAACCUGGCAGACUGGCCUCUCUCAAUGUGAACCCACCCAGAAAGCAUCGCUCUAGAUCUGCAUCCCCUCACAGGUCUCCUGCCAGACAGGGACGCUCAAGACCCUCCUGUCCCAACUCAGGAGACACGACAAGUCAAAUCAGCCCAUAUGAGGACUACUUCUCACUGAUCCAGAAAGUCCACACCACUCAGCUGCAACAGAGCAAUGGACGAGACAGAGGAGAGACAAGCAAGGAGGCUAGGAAGGGAAAAGGAAAGAGUGGGGGGAGGAAAGAGAAGAAAGACAGAGAAAAAAGAAAGAAAUAGAAAAAAAAGAGACAUGGUCAAUUCAUAUGUCCAUUCACACUGGUUACAGACCAGGUAUGGAUGAACAUUAGUGUUAAAAGUCAAGCUAAACAUUUCAGUUUAGAAAUCUCAAAUAUCCCUGAAGUGAAUUUCCAAAAAUGGUUUCAAAUGAGCAA